GGCACCAGGAAUUCCCACUGUAAUAGCCGUACGGAGCAGUAUAGAUUUGACAGGUCAUAAUAUCCCGUACUAUUAUAUUAAUACGAAAAAGUGAAGCUAUUCACUCCCUCGCGUCCUUCUAACUACGACACAAGGCAGGCAUUUCGCUUGCGUAUCUCUGACUCAACUUCGAUAUCGUACCCCAUUAUUUACAAUAUAUUUCUCAUCCCCGAACUCCAGCAUCGUGCACUCUCGACGCUCCAGCAUACGAUUUAUUAGUUGUUAAGAUGUUAAAAAUAUGGUCAAUGGUAUGACGAACUGAGAAUUCGGAAAACAUGUGCAGCUGUUUCAAUAUGCUAAUGUAACGCGCAGAAACAAAAACAGCAGCAAGAGGCAAAUGCCGAUGCUGCUGCGGGUAUCAAAAAGAAGAAAGUCACGGCUGCACAGCUCCGGUUACAAAAAGGUAUGAUCAGCGAUGUUCGAGUCUUGAAAAAGGGGAGGAUUUGAUGAGAUGGGAUGGGGCAUGUAUGUAUGUGAGCUAACAUCGCUCUUUGCGUUUUGCCAGAUAUCGCAGAAAUGUCGCUACCCUCUACUAUGCGCACCGAUUUUCCCGACGAAGACGAUAUCCUCAACUUCUUUUUAUACAUCGAACCUGAUGAGGGCAUGUACAAGGGCGGAAUCUUUAAAUUUAAAUUCGCGGUUCCGGAGACAUUCCCGCAUGAACCACCGAAGGUCAACUGUGAACAAAAGAUUUACCAUCCGAAUAUCGAUGUUGAAGGGAAAAUUUGUUUGAAUAUUUUGAGAGAGGACUGGAAGCCGGUGUUGAAUUUGCAAGCGAUUGUUAUUGGGUUACAGGUAUGUUGCUUAAAAUGAGCGUUGUUUAUUCUGGAUAUAUAUGAUACGGGAACUCCGUGAAGGACUACAUGUUAAUCAUAGAUAAAUAGUUCCUUUUCCUCGAACCAAACGCGUCGGAUCCCCUAAAUAAGGAAGCAGCAGAAGAUUUGAGAUCAAACCGAGAAGGAUUCAAGCGGAAUGUGAGAUCAGCUAUGGGAGGAGGAUCGGUCAAGAACGACACUUUCGAUCGAGUGUUGAAGGUUUGAUGGGAGAGGGCAUAUAGAUCGGACAUAUGCUACAAUACUACGAUGUGAGGAAAAGGUUACAUGGUCCGGACAGAAACCACACUUUCAGCAUCGCAGCACGAUAUGUAAGGUCACAGCAUGAGGACGGGAGCAUAAUGGGCGUUUUUUUAUUUGGAGAUCGAGGGCUUUUGAUGCAGACCUUUUGCUGCUGAUAUUUAGCGUUGUGUCGUAUGCUGUAGAAAGGACGCGGUGUUUUUGGGCCACGGAGAGAUGGAAGCAUUCAACCGGGUUAAACACAAUAUAAAUACAAACAAUAAGAGAUCUUUUCAGUUUUGAGCAAAGGCAAGAAAGCCUUCCAGGCAGUGUCUCCUCGAGGGUAGCAAAACGUCAUUUCCGGCGACAU